AUGUCCGCAACCACCACCGCCACCGCGACGCGGACCACGACCAAGUCCACGGCCAAGUGGUCGGUCGAGUACGACACAGUCCGCCGCCACAAGCUCUUCAGACACGCUCCAAAAGAUCGCAGUGCUUAUCCUGCGCUUCAAGCCGCCGUGCAACCGCAUGUCGACUCAUUCAAUGCUUUAUGGGAUGAGGGUCUUAUAGACUCCGGCUUGAAAGAUAUUGGAACCUAUACUGUGGUCGAUGGAGAUACCCGCAACCCCAGCAAAAGCAUCCACCAUAACAAGCUCGACCUUCGUGUGACCGAGCUCAUCCUCGAAAAACCGACAUUACCCCCGUCCAACAAGUUCGCCAUCGAAGACCGGAAUAUCUACCCCGCAGAAUGUCGAGAGCGCCAUGCGUCCUACCGAGGACGGUUAAAAGCCAGGCUUCAGUACAGGGUGAACAAGGGCGAAUGGCAGGAGUCGGUGCGAGAUCUCGGGCAGAUGCCGAUCAUGCUGCGGUCCACCAAAUGUCACCUCGAAAAGUUCUCCCCAGCACAGAUGGUUCGGCACAAAGAAGAAGCCGAGGAGCUGGGCGGUUACUUCAUCGUCAACGGCAACGAGAAGCUGAUUCGCAUGCUGAUCGCCCCGAGGAGGAACUAUCCCAUGGCCAUCUCGCGAAAUGCGUUUCAAGCAAGAGGGCCGACCUUCUCAAAGCUUGCCAUGCAAAUUCGAUCAGUGCGACCCGAUCAGACCUCACAGACCAACGUCCUUCACUAUCUGACCGAUGGGAAUGUCACUUUCAGAUUUUCGUGGAGGAAGAAUGAAUACCUGGUCCCGGUGGUUAUGAUACUCAAAGCUCUAGUGGAGACGAACGACCGAGAAAUCGCCGAAGGUAUCAUUGGCUCGAAUUCGUCCAGAAAGGCGCCCAGUUCCUUCGUUGCCGACAGAACCGAGCUGCUCUUGCGGACUUACAAGGCGUACAAUCUGAAAACAAGGCAACAGACGUUGGCGUAUCUCGGAGAAAAAUUCAGGCCGGUCCUGAUGCAGCCCAUCACCAUGGCUGACGAGAAAGUUGGUGAGGAGUUCUUGAGGAAGGUUGUCCUCCCCCAUCUAGGUAAUGUCGACGUGAGCCCGGCUCAGAACAACGAUAAGUUCCAGCUGCUUUUGUUCAUGAUCCGAAAGCUCUAUGCUCUUGCAGCGGGCGACUGCGCCCUGGAUAACCCUGACGCAGUCUCCAGUCAAGAGAUCCUGCUCGGCGGUUUCCUCUAUGGGAUGAUCUUGAAAGAGAACAUAUACGAGUGGUUGGCCGGUAUCGGUGCUGCGGCUCGAGACUGGUCCAGGAUGAAGAACGGCGCUCAGUUCUCAGAACCGUCAUUCGAGGCAGAUUUCCUUCCCAAAAUCGUCAGAAGAACGAACGAAAAUCUGGCUGGCAAGCUAGAAUACUUCCUAUCCACUGGCAACCUGGUCAGUCAGACUGGGCUCGAUCUCUCCCAGACCUCGGGCUUCACAAUCGUCGCCGAAAAGAUCAACUUUUACCGUUUUAUCAGCCACUUUCGGUGUAUACACCGUGGUACUUUCUUUGCACAGUUGAAGACGACCACUGUGCGGAAAUUGCUUCCUGAAAGCUGGGGUUUUUUGUGUCCAGUGCAUACACCCGAUGGAUCUCCCUGCGGGUUAUUGAACCAUUUGGCCCAUCAAUGUCAAGUCCAGAUUAAGAGAAUCGAUACCUCGGGAAUUGAGAAAGCCGUUGUACAAAUGGGACUUUCGCCGACCGCACCAAUGGCCCUCAAUGAUGGCCUCUCUGUCCAACUUGACGGCAGGAUAUUGGGUUUCUGUCCCGCGAAAAGAGCAAGGGAGAUUGCACAGUUGCUUCGGCACUGGAAGGUCAAUGGUGCGCACAACAUCCCGGACGAGCUGGAAAUUGGCUACAUUCCCACCUCGAAUGGCGGGCUCUAUCCCGGCUUGUAUCUGUUUUCGGAUCCCUCGAGGAUGCUACGACCCGUCAAAUACAUACCCUCAGACAAGCUUGACUAUGUCGGCCCCUUCGAACAACAAUACAUGAAUAUCGCUUGCGUCGAAGCCGACAUCAUCCCGAAUCUCACAACUCAUAUCGAGUUCAAACCCACUAAUAUUCUUUCCAUCCUCGCCAACAUGACUCCCUUCUCCGACUUCAAUCAGUCGCCGCGCAACAUGUAUCAGUGCCAGAUGAGCAAGCAGGCUAUGGGAACCCCGUCAUCAAACCUAAUGUGUCGGACAGAUAACAAGGCGUACCUGCUGCAAACCGGACAGACACCUGUGGUCCGACCCCCAUUGUACAACGAAUACGGUCUCGAUAAUUUUCCUAACGGUAUGAAUGCGGUCGUCGCGGUCAUUUCAUACACCGGCUACGACAUGGACGACGCUAUGAUAAUCAACAAAUCCUCCCACGAACGAGGCUUUGGCGACGGGGUCAUCUACAAAACAAAGGUCUACAAGCUCAACGAGGACCAGCGCGCAGCACGGUCCAAGACCGAAAUCAAGUCACUCUUCGGCUUUGCUGACGGUGAUCCGAACAUCUCGCCUGAGGCUGUCACAUCUUUGGAUAAUGACGGUCUACCGGCAAUCGGAACCAAGGUCGGGGAAGGCUCAAUAGUACUGGCCUACCACACAGUCAUGUUCGAUCCCUCGGAAGGCAAGCUCAAGAAUCUCGACGGUAAUACCAUGUACUUCAAGUACAAGGAUGCUGAGGAAGCAUAUAUUGACCAGAUAAGGCUCAUAGGCGCUGAAAGCGGAGAUCAGCCGUGUCAAGCCAUCAGCAUCAAGUACCGGAUACCCAGACGACCUAUCAUCGGAGACAAGUUCUCCUCUCGGCACGGCCAGAAGGGAGUCCUGUCCAUGCUUUGGCCAAGUGCGGAUAUGCCUUUUAGCGAGUCUGGGAUUCAGCCGGAUGUCAUCAUCAAUCCCCACGCCUUCCCGUCUCGAAUGACCAUUGGCAUGUUCGUCGAAUCUCUCGCCGGCAAGUCUGGGGCUCUCCACGGUCUCGCGCAAGACUGCACGCCUUUCUCCUUCGACGAAGAUAAUACUGCUGGCAACUUCUUCGGCGACCAACUCCGCGAGGCCGGGUACAACUUUUACGGCAAUGAGCCCAUGUACAGCGGUAUCACUGGCAAGGAAUUUGCAGCCGACAUCUACAUUGGUGUUGUGUACUACCAACGAUUGAGACACAUGGUCAGCGAUAAGUUCCAAGUACGUACGACUGGUCCGGUCAACGCGCUGCACGGCCAGCCGAUCAAGGGCAGAAGCAAGGGCGGUGGUAUCCGUGUCGGUGAGAUGGAGCGCGACUCUUUGAUCGCCCACGGUUGUGCAUACCUGCUUCAAGAUCGCCUUAUGGACUGCAGUGACAAGACUCGCGCUUGGGUGUGCCGGUCGUGCGGCAGUUUUCUGAGUACCAUGAUGGUGCCGAAUCAGUUCACGGCCGGCAAGAAAGGAGGUCGAGUGGAGCCUAGCGGGAUGGUGAGAUGUCGGGCUUGUGCCAGACAGGCGACGUUCGACGACAGUAAGAUGAUAGUCUGGGAGGACGGCGCAGGCCAGAAGUUUGUGGGCGGCGACAACACGACUGUUGUCAACGUGCCGGGCGUGCUCCGGUAUCUAGACGUGGAACUCGCGGCGAUGGGCGUACGGACUAAGUUUGAGAUUGAGAAUUAG